GUGAUGGGUUCCGGAACUAAAAUCAAAACGAACAAAAAAAUUGCAGUCUUGUGUUGGCAAGUAGACAGAAAAGUUGGUCAGGAAACGUGGAAAAGACGGGAAAAUUGUGAAGUUUCCAGUGAAAAGUGAUUCUCAAGUGUCUCUGUGAUUAACCGGUGGAAAUGCCAGAGAAGGAAAUGGAAAAAUUAGCGAUUGGUGAGAUCUACACCUCUGAGAAGCGGGGAGAUGACGAGGCAGGCGAUGGGAGCGAGGGGAAGCCUUUCAAGACAAUCUUGAGGGCAAUGAGGCAUGCUGGGAAAGAGCCCUUCCCGGUAAUUUAUGUCGAUGCUAAAGAUGAGGCAGCUGGACCCUUUGAGCCAGCCGCUAAGUCGCAGCUGAAGAAGAUCCAGAAGAUUUGGGUCAGGGAGAGUUACAAGAGUGCCGAGAAGAACAAAAGAGAAGAGGAGGAUGCCAAAAAGCGGGAGCAGAACCUCGAAGAAGCCAAGAAGAUAAAGAUUGAGCAGGAUCCCUCGUGGCCAGAGGCCAAGAGGGUGAAGAUUGUCGAGGGCAAGCCAUUCCGGGAUCAGAGGGUUAGGAUUUAUGGAUGGGUUCAUCGAUUGAGACGUCAGGGAAAGGGUCUGAUGUUCAUUACGCUGAGAGAUGGCACGGGAUUCCUGCAGUGCGUCCUCACGGAUCUCCUCUGUCAGACCUAUGAUGCUCUUCUUCUGUCCACGGAAUCCGCUGUCCAACUCUUCGGGACACUGAAAUCUGUUCCAGAGGGGAAAACGGCUCCUGGAGGCCACGAGCUCCAUGUGGAUUAUUGGGAGCUCGUUGGCUUGGCUCCAGCUGGAGGAGCAGAUACGAUUCUCAAUGAGGAAGCCCAUCCGGAUGUCCAAUUGGACAACAGACACAUCAUGAUUCGCGGAGAGAACACAUCAAAAAUCCUGAAAAUGCGAUCAGUAGUGCUCCAGGCAUUCCGGAGUCACUAUGCCGAUCGUGGCUACACGGAAGUGACUCCGCCGACUCUGGUGCAGACCCAAGUGGAAGGUGGAGCAACUCUCUUCAAGUUGGACUUCUUCGGGGAGGAAGCCUACUUAACCCAGAGCUCUCAGCUGUACUUAGAGACAUGCAUUCCUGCCCUGGGAGAUGUCUACUGCAUUGCCCAGAGUUACAGGGCUGAACAGAGCCGAACUCGUCGGCAUCUUGCAGAGUACAGUCACAUCGAGGGCGAGUGUCCUUUCAUCACUUUCGACGAACUCCUGGAUCGUCUGGAGGAUCUGGUUUGUGAUGUCGUGGACAGGGUGCUCAAGAGUCCGUAUGGGUAUCUCGUGGAGGAACUCAAUCCUGGCUUCGUGCCGCCCAAGAGACCUUUCCGGAGGAUGAACUAUCGCGAUGCCAUAAAGUGGCUGAAGGAGAACAAUGUCACGAAGGACGAUGGAACGUUCUACGAGGAUGGAGAGGAUAUUCCCGAAGCGCCAGAAAGGAAAAUGACUGAUACCAUCAAUGAACCCAUCAUGCUCUGUCGUUUUCCGGCGGAAAUCAAGUCUUUCUACAUGACUCGCUGUCAGGAUGAUCCCGCUCUGACUGAAAGUGUAGAUGUCCUCUUGCCGAACGUAGGAGAAAUUGUCGGAGGCUCCAUGAGGAUUCAUAACUACGAGGAACUUCUCGAAGGGUAUAAAAGGGAGAAGAUCGAUCCAACUCCCUACUACUGGUACACGGAUCAACGUGUCUACGGCACUCAGCCUCACGGAGGCUACGGCCUAGGCCUGGAGAGGUUUAUGUGUUGGCUUCUCAACCGCUAUCACAUCCGUGACGUCUGCCUCUAUCCCAGAUUCCUGGAGAGAUGCCGUCCCUAAGUGGACACCAUUCUUCUGAUCGCAACUGCAAGCACAGCUCCUUUUCUUCUACGAAUUAUCCAAGUACGACGCAUUCUCUAUGCAAUUCACUACUCAGCAUUUGUGACUUAAUCUUCUCAAUAAAACUGGAGUUCUAAAGACAA